ACGACGUCAAUCAACACAAAAACAUCGACCAUAUUAUAUUCAUUAUCAUAAAAAACAUGAAAAUGAUUUAAAACGUAAACAACAAAUUCAAGAACAAGAUGAAUAUCGUUCAUUAAUGAAUUCAUCGGGAACAAAAUUAAUAUCACAUCGACCACGACGUAGUACAACAAUGAAUGAUAUGAAACCAAAAUCAUUUUCUAUAACAACAACGACAUCAACAGCACCAGCUGGACAUACAUUAUGUCGUCGUUCAUCAUCACUUAUUGGUCGACGUUUUGGAGAGAAUGGUUAUGUUCGUCAUAAUUCUCAUGAUAUUCAACAAGUUCGACAUAAUAUACCAACACGUCAUCGACAAUCAGCAAGUCCAUAUACAAGUGGAAUACUUCGUACAAGUCUUACAUCAUUACAAAGUCAAAAUCGAAUUCUUGGUAAUAUAAAUAAUACGAAUAAUCAUCAUCAUCAUCGUUCUGUUGUUGAUGUUGAACGUGCAAGUCGUUUUUUACAAAGCCGUCGACGUGUUGUUAAAUUAUUAAUUACUUUAGUUAUAGUUUUCUUUAUAACACGACUUCCAUCAAAUAUACUUUCUAUUUAUAUUGAUAUAACAUCAAAUUCUUAUAUACCACAUAAUACAUUUCCAAAUGGAACAAAAUCAGAAAUAAUUGAAGAUGUAUAUAAAGAUUUCUUAUCCCAUGUUGCUAAUACAGAUAAGAAAAUGACACUUGUUCAUUAUGUUAAUCCAAUUUUACAAUUAUUUUCUUUGUCAAAUUCAGCUAUUAAUCCAUUAUGUUAUUGUGUUAUGAGUCAUGCUGUUAAAAAUGUAAUUACACUUAUACGACAAAAAUUGCGGAGACGUGGAGAAAAAAAAGCAUCGUCAAUUCCAUUAACUCAACGACCUGGUGUACUAAAUCAAUCACUUAAAAUGAUGGUACGUCGUAGAAAUUCGCAUGAAAUUGAUGGUCUAAUUCAUUAA